ACUCCCCUUGCCACCAUCUUUCCACCUAAACAAUCCAUAAAUCUCCCCUCUACAUUUGAAAUAAUAUUGUCAAUAUGCCUAUUGGCACAAAGGUCUUUCUCCCUUUGCGCGGACGCAUCGGCAUCCGUUCCUUCUCAUCCUCCCGCGCCCGCUGGGAAUCCGCCGUGCCGCUCCCGUCAAGCAAGCCCGUUGGAGCUUUCCGAGGAGGUGUUUUUGGGUUCCUGGCUGGAUCUGUUGCCGCCGGCGCGUCGGUGUACUAUUACAUCCUAGCUGAGUACCGAUUCGCCAAUGAGAUGUUGUCUGAUGACAUUUCGGCACUUCAAAAAGCUACCAUCAAGCUCCAGUCAUACAUUACUGAACUAGAGUCCAGAGUUGAUCAGCUGCACAAGAAGAAAUAAGUACUUGAUUAGUAUGUUUUCAUAUGUGUAUUUAUUAUGGCUUCGAGGUGUUGGGUGUGUUUUGUUUUCUGUGCAUGAAGCCUGUCAACCCUGGACAUGAAGCCCAUUAUCACUUUCUUUUGAUGGCCAGGGCAUAGCUCUUCCUUUCUUUUGUUUUGCAUGAAAUUGAUUCCAGC